AUGGAAGAUAAAGAAAAUAAAGAUGCAUCAAAUAAACCAUUUAUUGUUACUGAUAAGUUCAAUAACCCAUCUGCAACUAUAAAAAGUGAUAUUAUUAACAAUUAUUUAUAUGCCAUUGAUAAAGAAAAUAAAGAUGAAGUUGAAUCAAAUAAUGAAUCUGAAAAAGAAUUAGAUGAUAUAGGUGAUAAAAGUAAUGAAGAGGUGUUUCAAUUACAAAAUCCAAAAAUUAGGCGAGAUAAAGGAAGGCCAGCUAGUACAAGAAAGUAUAAAGCAUCACAUGAAAAAGAAGGGAAUAGUAAAACAAAGUAA